AUGGAGCAAAAGAAGAUGAAGAGAUCAACAAGACAUGACAAUGAUAUUCCUCUGGAUCUAAUCGUGGAGAUACUCUCAAGACUGCCUACAAAAUCGAUUGCGAGAUGUCGGUCCGUCUCUAAGCUCUGGUCUUCCUUGACCACCACUCCAUAUUUCAUUAGCUCGUUUGCGACUCGGUCCUUGGCAUCACGGCCUUGUGCUAUGCUACUCUUCAGUAAAGGUGGCAAGCUGCUCGUUUUCUCUUCUCUAAUACACAAGGACGAUCCUCAAGUGGAUCAAUUUACAAUCCCCAAUAAUGGUUACCUUCAACGUUACGAUUCGGUCCACGGCUUGAUUCAUUUGCAAACUUCUACAGAGCUCAUGAUUUGGAACCCUACCAUGAAUCGUAUCUUCACUUUACCUAAACUUGAAUGCAGAUACACAAGAGGAUUUGUGGGAUAUGAUCCUAUUGACGAUAAAUACAAAGCACUCUACAUUCUUGAAGGCAACAAGAUUGGGAUUCUUGCAUUGGGUGGAGCUCAUCAAGAAUCAUGGAGAAUACUAUCCGAAGGUUUCCCUAGGCAUGGAGAUAUGAGAGCAAAAGACAUGAGAAAAGCUUGUGUGCUGUGCAUUGGAGUCAUUUACUAUCAAGGUCUUUCUGGUUUGCCUCUGGCUCAUGCCAUUAUGAGCUUUGAUCUCAGAUCGGAAAGAUUCACUUUGAUUCAAUAUCCCAAUGGCAAUUACAAAUCUCGCUUUUUUUUUCGUAACUUAUGA